AUGAAAGUGACCGUGUGCUUCGGGCGGACCCGGGUGGUCGUGCCGUGCGGGGACGGCCACAUGAAAGUUUGCAGCCUGGUGCAGCAGGCGGUGACCCGCUACCGGAAGGCCAUCGCUAAGGACCCAAGCUACUGGAUACAGGUGCACCGCCUGGAGCAUGGGGACGGAGGGAUCCUGGACCUGGACGACAUCCUCUGUGACGUGGCGGAUGACAAAGAUAGACUGGUAGCCGUGUUUGACGAGCAAGACCCACACCAUGGAGGGGAUGGCACCAGUGCCAGCUCCACAGGGACCCAGAGCCCGGAGACGCUCGGCAGUGAGCUCGGGGCCGGCACUGUCUCUGCCUUCCAGCCUUACCGAGCCACGAGUGAGAUCGAGGUCACGCCUUCCGUGCUCCGCGCAAACAUGCCUCUCCACGUCCGACGAAGCAGUGACCCAGCGUUAAUCGGCCUCCCAGCGUCUGUCAGUGACAGUGACUUCUCUGAAGAGCCGUCCAGGAAAAACCCCACCCGCUGGUCCACCACGGCUGGCUUCCUCAAGCAGAAUGCAGCCGGGAGCCCCCAGUCCUGCGAGCGGAAGAAAGAUGAAAACUACAGAAGCCUCCCGAGGGACACUAGUAACUGGUCCACUCAGUUCCAGCGGGACAACGCGCGCACCUCCCUGAGCGCCAGCCACCCCAUGGUGGACCAGUGGCUGGAGAAGCAGGAGCAGGAGGAGGAUGGGACGGAAGACAGCAGUCGAGUGGAGCCCGUGGGCCAUGCAGACACCGGCUUGGAGAGUGUAACCAACUUUUCUCUGGAUGAUAUGGUAAAGCUCGUACAAGUCUCCAACGAUGGAGGGCCUCUGGGAAUCCAUGUAGUGCCUUUCAGUGCUCGAGGCGGCAGAACCCUGGGGUUAUUAGUAAAACGCUUGGAGAAAGGUGGUAAAGCUGAACAAGAAAACCUGUUUCAUGAGAAUGACUGCAUUGUAAGGAUUAAUGAUGGCGACCUUCGGAAUAGAAGAUUUGAGCAAGCACAACAUAUGUUCCGCCAGGCCAUGCGCACACCCAUCAUUUGGUUCCACGUGGUGCCCGCGGCCAACAAGGAGCAGUACGAACAGCUGUCCCAGAGUGAGAGGAGCAGCUACUACUCCAGCCGCUUCAGCCCCGACAGCCAGUUCCUGGACAGCAGGGCCUCGGGCAGCGCCGGGCCUCACGCGCCGGCCCGGGUGCCCAGAGCGAGCCUGGCUUCCGAGCAGACGGAUGCUCCCCUGAGACUCCCUCACGCCCUACACCCCUCCGCGAAGCCACCCGCAGCCCCAGCCCCGCACAGUGUGCUGGGCUCGAGUGCAGGCAGUGGUUAUAACACCAAGAAAGUGGGCAAGAGGCUCAGCAUCCAGCUUAAGAAAGGUACAGAAGGCUUGGGAUUCAGCAUCACUUCCCGAGAUGUGACAAUUGGUGGCUCAGCCCCAAUUUACGUGAAGAACAUCCUCCCUCGAGGGGCAGCCAUCCAGGACGGGCGGCUGAAGGCUGGAGACAGACUAAUAGAGGUGAACGGAGUAGACUUAGCAGGCAAAUCCCAAGAGGAAGUGGUCUCCCUGUUGAGAAGCACCAAGAUGGAGGGCACUGUGAGCCUGCUGGUCUUUCGCCAGGAAGAUGCCUUUCACCCAAGGGAACUGAAUGCAGAGCCAAGCCAGAUGCAGAUUCCAAAAGAAACGAAAGCCGAAGAGGACGACGUUGUUCUCACGCCCGAUGGCACCAGGGAGUUUCUGACGUUUGAAGUUCCGCUCAAUGACUCAGGGUCGGCCGGUCUGGGUGUCAGUGUCAAAGGUAACCGGUCCAAAGAGAACCACGCGGAUCUGGGGAUCUUUGUCAAGUCCAUUAUUAACGGAGGAGCAGCAUCUAAAGAUGGGAGGCUUCGGGUGAACGAUCAGCUGAUAGCAGUAAAUGGAGAAUCCCUGUUGGGCAAGACAAACCAAGAUGCCAUGGAAACCCUGAGAAGAUCUAUGUCCACCGAAGGAAACAAGCGUGGGAUGAUUCAGCUCAUUGUGGCGAGGCGAAUAAGCAAGUGCCACGAGCUGAGGUCACCUGGGAGCCCCACUGGACCCGAGCUGCCUAUUGACACCGUGUUGGAUGACAGAGAACGGAGAAUUUCCCAUUCUCUCUACAGCGGGCUCGAGGGGCUUGACGAAUCACCCAGCAGGAACGUGGCACUCAGCAGGAUAAUGGGUAAAUACCAGCUGUCCCCCACCGUGAACAUGCCGCAGGACGACACUGUCAUUAUAGAGGACGACCAGCUGCCUGUGCUCCCUCCUCACCUCUCUGACCAGUCCUCUUCCAGCUCGCAUGAUGACGUGGGCUUCGUGCCGUCCGAUGCCGCUGUGUGGGCUAAGACUGCAAUCAGCGAUUCUGCCGACUGCUCUUUGAGUCCAGAUGUGGAUCCAGUUCUAGCAUUUCAGCGGGAAGGAUUUGGACGCCAGAGUAUGUCAGAAAAACGCACAAAGCAGUUUUCAGAUGCCAGUCAAUUGGAUUUCGUUAAAACGCGAAAAUCAAAAAGCAUGGAUUUAGGUAUAGCUGACGAGACUAAACUCAAUACAGUGGAUGACCAGAAAGCAGGUUCCCCCAGCAGAGAUGUGGGGCCUUCCCUGGGUCUGAAGAAGUCCAGCUCCUUAGAGAGCCUGCAGACAGCAGUCGCCGAGGUGACGCUGAACGGGGACAUUCCCUUCCAUCGCCCACGGCCGCGGAUCAUCCGAGGAAGAGGCUGCAACGAGAGCUUCCGAGCCGCCAUCGACAAGUCCUACGAUAAACCCGCGGUAGAUGACGACGACGAGGGCAUGGAGACGUUGGAAGAAGACACGGAAGAAAGCUCGCGAUCAGGGAGAGAGUCUGUCUCCACAGCCAGCGACCAGCCGUCCCGCUCUCUGGAGAGACACAUGAAUGGCAGCCAAGAGAAAGGGGACAAGGCCGAUAGGAGAAAGGACAAAGCCGGAAAGGAGAAGAGGAAAGAUGGAGAAAAGGACAAGGAUAAAAGGAAAGCCAAGAAGGGGAUGCUGAAGGGCUUGGGAGACAUGUUCAGGUUUGGCAAACAUCGAAAAGAUGACAAGAUUGAGAAAACGGGUAAAAUAAAAAUACAGGAAUCCUUUACGUCAGAAGAGGAGAGAAUACGAAUGAAGCAGGAGCAGGAGAGGAUCCAAGCCAAAACUCGAGAAUUUAGGGAGCGCCAGGCUCGGGAGCGUGACUAUGCUGAGAUCCAGGAUUUUCAUCGGACGUUUGGGUGUGAGGACGAGCUGAUGUACGGGGGAAUGGCUUCCUAUGAGGGGUCCCUGGCUCUCAGCGCCAGACCACAGAGCCCGCGAGAAGGCCACAUGAUGGAUGCUUUGUAUGCACAAGUGAAGAAGCCUCGCAACUCCAAAGCUUCCACUGUGGACAGCAACAGAUCAACUCCUAGCAACCACGAUCGGAUACAGCGUCUGCGACAAGAGUUUCAGCAAGCAAAGCAGGAUGAAGAUGUCGAAGAUCGGCGACGUACCUACAGCUUUGAGCAACCCUGGCCCGGCUCCCGGCCGGCAGCGCAGAGCGGCAGGCACUCCGUGUCCGUGGAGGUGCAGGUCCAGAGGCAGCGGCAGGAGGAGCGCGAGAGCUUCCAGCAGGCCCAGCGCCAGUACAGCUCCCUGCCUCGGCAGAGCAGGAAGAACAGCAGCUCGGCGUCCCAGGACUCCUGGGAGCAGAACUACGCCCCUGGGGAGGGCUUCCAGAGUGCCAAGGAGAACCCCCGCUACUCCAGCUACCAGGGCUCCCGCAAUGGCUGCAUGGGAGGCCACGGCUUCAACGCCAGGGUCAUGCUGGAGACCCAGGAGCUCCUCCGCCAGGAGCAGCGGCGGAAAGAGCAGCAGAUGAAGAGGCAGCCCCCGGCUGAAGGGUCCAGCAGCUAUGACUCAUACAAGAAAGCCCAGGACCCCGGCUGCCCCCCUCCCAAGGGGCCCUUCAGGCAGGACGUGCCCCCGUCUCCCUCUCAGGUCGCCAGGCUCAACAGACUCCAGGCUCCCGAAAAGGGACGGCCCUUCUACUCCUGAGCACGGGACAGCGAUGCUUCAUGCCAUGCAACAAAGGACGCUUUCCUACGAAGACUUGUAUUUUGGGAGUUUUUGUAAAAAUCCUCAAUGGUACUGUGGAAUAUUUCUGUUGUUGGUUUCAGUGCCUUUAAGCAAGAUGGGCAAAGAAGUAGAAGGCCUUAAUGUCUUUGCCACUGCAUCUCAAGUGUCUGGUUCAUGGGAGGAUUUCCACCCUGGUAAUCAUCUGUCCGAGCAUCCGUACACUCUGCAUCUCUCUGGAGUCCCAGCAGCCCUGGCCCCAGGAGCGGCACGACCGUGGCUUUGUUCCUACAGCCAGCAGCCCUUGGGCUGAGGCGUCCUUGGUCCUCUUUUCCAUCCACCGUCUCUCAGCUCUGAGGCAGCAUCUCAGGGUCUGGUGGGCGAAAGUGGGCAGCUGCACCAGAAUUUGGGGCUUCCUGGGACUUCCCAGCACAGCCCUUUGUCUGUAGUCGGAGAGACUUUUUUUUUUUUUUCAGCUCCCUGUAACAGGAAUGGCCCCUCGUUCUCUUAAAGACACGAAGCCAUACUCCAACACCGUCUGGUUAUCGGGGUUGCUUUUGUAACUGCCUUAUAACGAAGCCAUGAUUCAACUGUGUCUGGUCACCUUCUGACAUGUGUUGAGUCAACAGAGCCCUGCACUGGGAAUAGGGGGCACAGGAGUGGCCUGGGUGAGGACCCGGCCUGCCCCGGGGAAAGAAGGGGCUGAGAAAGGAAUAUGCCCCGGUGGAGCUGGGGCCCAGUGCCCUCUAAGCAUCAUCUUAGUUCCUUUUUGUUGUGGCAAGAAGGGCAGAGAGCGAGACAUAUGUGAAUCAGUCACAUUUGGUUUGUAAGAGUUGAGCCGCACAGUUUUUGAGGUUGGGCGGAAUUGUAUUUGCCUAGCACAUUCACGUACCAUAUCCCUGCCUGGUGAUACGGUGUUCGUAAAUAAUUCUGCCGUGAAGCAUAAAGGGAAAAUCAGGGAAAAGCCAUUCCACGUCACACAGAGAACAUUUUGUAUCCCAGAGCAGUGGUGUCAAAAGCUCGCUGUGGUGUCAGUACUGUAACGCACAUGUGGGUCGCGAGACCCCGAAUGCUCCCCUUUUCCAACAUGUGGCUUGAAUGUCCUGGAUUGUAAACCGUGCUGGGUUGCUGAAGUGCCUGUGAAUCCCGAUGUGAAACAAAAGCUUGAGGCAAAAGCUCAGAGCACCAUGUAUUAACAAAAAAGAAAAAAAAAGAUAAUGUAUUGUAUUGAUCUGCCUAUUUUUUUUUUAACUGGCACAUUGUAUUUUUGUGUCCACUUGGUUUCAGGAAAUGCGUGAAGUGUCCACAUGUACCUGCGUCUCCUUUGCAGCCCCGUGUACUGGCUGUAUUUGCUAAGAUGGUCCAUGGUGUCCCCGAAGUAGGAGCGUAACCCUGGAUGAUAGCGGCUCUUUCUCACAGCCCUCAAAGCUGCGAAAAACAGCUUUCCUUGUACAUACGAGACUUCUAAUAAAAGGCAUAUUUCUUCCUGC